UUGAUGCAAGUCACAGUUUUUCAUUUGAAAGAUUGUUUUUAGAAAAUCAUAAUUAUUCUACCCAAUAAUGCCUAACUUGAAAAUGGGAUCUGAUUUGCUGUUGUGUUUCUGUGUAAAUUUUCUAGAUUGAUGUGAAAAUGGCAUCCACGGCGGACGAAGAAGCAAGACGUCUGGAUGAAAAAAUAGCUGAGAUAAGACGUAAAAAUGAGUUGAUUCUAAGACGAAGAAAAGAAAUCGAAGACGAUAAAAAACUAGCUGAACAACAAAAUGCUGUAGUUCAGUUGAAACCUUCCACGGAAGAUUGGCCCCGUGAACGCACACCCGCCAUGAAGCCCAGCAAAAGAGACAUGGCGGCCGCCAAUUAUUCUUAUCAGGAUACUCCACCCUCUCGCGACAGUGUACGUAGAGAUAGACCUGGUACUACCUCAGGCUCUAGAGGAAGUGAACUUAUGGAAAAGGUUAGUGCUAUUAAUCUAAGAUAUACUAAAUCAUUUUCAAUAUUGUCUAUUAUACGGAAAUCCAUUUGUGAUCUAAUGUCAAAAUAAUGCUCUAUCAGCAACUCUCUCCAAAAUUGCCAUUCAGCAGGUGCUGGAAAGUGUGACCAACACAGGUUGCAUUGUUCACAAAUCUUUGCAUAUGCCGAUUAUGUUGUACUCAGUGCCAGAAACAAAAGAGAGCUAAAAUGUAUGUUCGAGGAGCUCCUGACUGCAGGGAAGAAGAGGGGCCUGUAUGUAAAUGCAGAAGAAACAAACCAUAAUGAUGAUAACAAGAAAUGCUGGUCGAAGAUUUAUAAAUGACUUCGAAGCUGUGGGAUGGUACUUUAAAAGCAUACAGCUUUUCUCAUACAUGGGUGUUGGCUAGAAUAGUGUCAAUAAAGUGAGUGAUGAGAUAAAACAGAUAUUGAUAGCUGGAAUCGUGCAUACUUUGCGAAUAUUAAAUUAAUUACCUCUCGGUCACCAUCUAGAGCAACCAAGUUCACAAUUUAAAAGACACGGAUAAGACCAAUAAUCACAAACGGCUCAGAAACCUGGAAUGUAACUGCAGUUGCCUCUAAACUGAGAGUUUUCGAAAGAAAGAUUAUUAGGCGCAUAUAUGGAGGCAUCAAUGCCAAUGGAGUCUGGAGGAGACGGUCAAAUGAUGAAAUAAAUUAAAUUCUAAAGGGUGGGGAUGUGGUACGAUUCAUCAAAUCACAAUGAUUACGCUGGGCUGGUCAUGUAAAGAGAAUGGCAGAACAUGUAAUGCCAAAAACAAUUUAUAAUGGGCCAGGAAGGAGGGUAGAAGACGGCAGGGGAGGCCACGCAACCGAAUGAGAGAUGAAGUGGAGGAUGAUCUCCGGAGGAUAGCAGUUGUGGCAUGGAGAGAUGAUGAUAAUGCCAGAAGAUAAAGAAAAAAAGAAUUUUAAAAGAUAUGUUUUGUAUCUUCCCAUAUUGGUAACAUGAUAUAAAUUGUAAUUCAAAUAUUAUACGACAUUGAUUUUUCAAUCUUUAUGAAACUUUCAAUAUGAUUGUCAAUCCAAUAAAUGAUAUGGUAUGAUACUGGAUCGUUAUUGUCCCAUUUCCACACAAUAUAAUAUUAAAAAUUUAAUAAUUAAUUUAUAAUUGAAUUAAUAAUUAAAUUAUUUAGAUAUUUAAUAAUUGAUAAAAUAUACUAUUAAGAAAAUGAAACCGCCAUUCUAUAUCAUUGGAGUUACAAUGUAGCAUCACAUUCAGUGCUAUUGAUAUUUGUAGGGAGCGGGUCCCCCUCCUGAUCCUAGGAGUUUUCUCUCCGAUCCAGACCGUGAAAGUAGUUUUGGCAACAGCAGAGACAGACCACAAACAAACAGGCGUGAUUUGGGACACGAAUUUCGGGGCAAAGGAGCUCCGCAGAGGGAAAACUAUGAUGAACGGGGAAGAGGAGGUGGACGAAGAGGUGGAGGAGGAGAGAGAGAACGAGGAGGAGGAGGAGGAGGAGAGAGAGAACGAGGAGGAGGAGGAGGAGGAAACAGGGAGAGGAGAAACAGAAUAGACGAAAAUUGGCGCGAGGAACGGCAUCAAAUAGAUGAAGCGAGAGUACAGCGACAGAAAGGUCCCGAUGGAGGCUGGAGGAGGGAGUGGGACAACGAAAAAAUGACUUUCGACGUCGAAGGCGAUGACAAUAAGCAUCCGGCAUUGACACCCACCAAGACAGCUCCACCAAAGACUGGCGGUCUCUCUUCAAGACUCAAUCGUUGGAGGGAAACUGACAAUAAAGAAACUGAGAGUGAGCAAAACACAUUGAAAAGAGAAAGUGCAAAGAAAAGCGCAUUUAUUCCAGUGUCGACUCCCAAAUCACCUUCCGAAAGAGUGAGAAAUCCAAGCUUGGAUAAAAGCAAUGUGACUGAAAAGUUUGAGCAAUUGAGUCCGUUUGCGUGUCUAGAGAGGAAGAUACUGAAUGAAUCGGAAAACUUCCGAAUAACCAUCAACAACUCACGACCAGUUGGGACAGAAGAGAAGCCUGGCAGAAGUACAAAAUUGCGACAACCAAAUAAAUGGUCAGGGAUACUGCGGACUAGUCAGAGCAGUGCAUCCGACGAAGAUGUUGCAUCUCCCUCAGGUGCAAAGUUCACCCAGUACGAGAACAUCACGUUCACCAUUCGAAACGAGCCGGUCAACAUCAGACGCUCCGACCUGGAGAAGAUGAGUGAGGAGGACUUUGUGAAGCUCAGUCUGCUGGCCAAACCACCACUUCCGCCUUUCCGGCCUCCGCUGCAAACGCCCACUCAGCAAAUCAAGAAUGCAGAGCAGGACGAUGAUUCCUGGGAGGAUGUCACCACCAGCGGCACCGAGAGUUUGUACGAGAGUGGCCCUGAGUCACCGGCAACUCCGCUUAAGGUUAUAACCAAUCAGCCACAAACCAGCCGUCCUGAAGAUUUUAUUCGCCUCGUACCACCCCCUAAUCAAUCAAACACAGGCCAAUUUAUAAUAUAUGGAUCCACUAACUCCUCCCCUCGCCAACCUAUCAUCUUUGAACAGCCUAACAACCCCUCCUUUUAUGUGAUCCCUAACCAAGCUAAUUCAAUUCCCGUAAUCUCAUCUAUCUACCCCACCACCACCGACAACCCUAUCCUCCCUACAGCAACUAACUCCUACUUCUACACCACCACAAUCCCUCCUCCUCCUCUUCCUCCUCCCCCUGUUUCGUCUAUCAUCUUGGAACCCGCACCUCAAGCAACCCCAGAACAGAUAAUCAACAACUCCAUUUUGUUUCUGCCUCCCCCCACCGUGGCACCAGAUACCAGCACCACGUCUCAACCCUUAGCUGGCAUUCACCACCAGCAACCAAAUGAAUAUCGACAACCAAACCAAUCGGUCGAUGUCGACAACUUCAUUAUGCUAGUCAAGCCGGAUACAAGCUUCCAGCAAACUGAAAUAAGCGAGUGCACAAAAUGAUCACCGUCCAAAACAAUAAUCUUAGUGCAAUUUAUGUUAAUUAUCAGGUGGAAGAGCGUAACUGGCUGAGAAAUCGCUUCAAUUUUGGAACAUAGUGGGUUAAUAUUAGUGUUAAUUAACAUAUUAUGCAUUAUUCAGUUAUACAAAACAAGAAUUGCGAUAAAUACGUUUCAAGAAUUCAUUGUAAUAAGUGAGAAUUUUGUGGCAGAAAAUAUUAGUUAUACUAUUUUUUACCAGUAAUUUUUUUUUCAGUUAAGCUACAAAAAAUCUUAAGGAUUUAAUUUAUGUCUCCAUUCUCUUGUAUGUUCUAUGUAGAUCAUUUUUAUUUUAAGUUCGCCUAUUUUGAUUUGAAUAAUUCUUAAAACCGUUUAAUAUGAAUGAAGAUGACAAUAAAAA